UUCAACUCCGAAAGCGCCUGCUCUAGCAAAGGUCUGAAAUUUUGUUCUCGGUGCGAAUAAUUUGCGAAAAAGAUUUAUCAAAAUGACCAACGCCUGGAGAGCAGCUGGACUUACCUACAUCCAAUAUUCCAACAUUGCUGCCCGUGUGCUGCGCGAAUCCCUGCGCACAGAUCUCCGCGCCGCUGCCGCCAAGCGCGACGAGAGCCACGUGAAGUUCACGCCUUGGGCCAACGGCAAGCCAGCACAUGAAAAAGCAUAAUUGCAUCAACUGCGAAACUCAGUUAUGUAGCAAGGUCUCGCAAAUCGGAAACUGCCUAGACGCUACCUAAUCAACUGGCGGCCAUCAAGAUGCAAGGGCAAAAUGUUGACUUGUUUGCAUAAUUAAAUUAUACGAAUUACAAGAAAUUAAAUAAUGAAAAAAACAAAAAA